AUGGCGAUCUGUACUUAUAACGCACGUACGCUUGCAUCGGAAGCGGCCAUCGAAGAUCUGAUGAUGCAAGCCAAGAAGAUCAAGUACGACGUCAUCGGACUGACCGAGACGAGACGACGUCACGCUCUCAACGCCGUGUAUGAGACUGGAGAAGAACUGCUCUUAGGAACAUGCGACAGUAGAGGUGUUGGUGGAGUUGGCGUCCUCGUCAACACGAGAGAACAUCUUACGACCCGAAUCGGACGUCUGCGGAUGAGAAGAUGUGGUCCAACACCAGCUUUGACUAUCUUCGUCGCUUACGCUCCAACAUCAAGCUACGAAGAAGAAGAAGUCGAAGCUUUCUUUAUGGACCUGGAGAAGUUCUACCAAGAAGAUCAUGCCUCCUACAAAGUCAUAAUUGGCGAUUUCAACGCCAAAGUUGGCCCAAGAAGAACGCCUGAGAAACUUCACAUUGCGACGCACGUCCUACAAUGGAAUGAACAGGGGGAGAGGCUCUCCGAGUUCAUCAUGACGACUAAGACCAUCCAUGGGAACUCACAAUUUCAGAAGCCCUCCUCUCUACGCUGGACGUGGGAGUCACCCGGUGGAGGGUACCGUAAUGAAAUAGACCACAUCAUCGUCAAUAAAAGGUUCUGCCUGACGGAUGUCGCUGUUGUACCAAAGUUCUAUACGGGAUCGGACCAUCUCCUCCUCCGAGGAAAAUUUUCCUUUACAAGGAGAGCAGAGAAAGCCGCCAAGUUCUGA